AUGGCUCAGAUCGUCCGCCAGAGCAAGUUUCGCCAUGUCUACUGUAAACCGUUGAAGCAUGAACAAUGCAUGUCGGAUCUUCGGGUCACUGAAAUCACUUGGGACUCGUUGUUUUGCUCGGUGAAUCCGAAAUUUGUGGCGUUUAUCACAAAAGGUGCAGGAGGACCGUUCAUGGUGAUCCCAGUGAACAAGGUUGGUCGAAUCGACAAGGAUUACCCCUUUGUGGAUGCCCACAAAGCCCCUUGCCUGGAGGUGGCAUGGAGCCCGUUCAACGACAACGUCAUUGCCUCCUGUUCCGAGGAUACGACGGCUAAGGUGUGGCUGAUUCCUGAGAGGGGCUUGAUGCGGAACCUCACCGAGCCGGUUGUCGAAUUAUGUGGCCAUCAGAAGAGGGUCAACACCCUGGCAUGGCACCCAGUUGCCAAUAAUCUUCUGCUCACGGCUGGUGGCGAAAACAAAUUGCUACUGUGGAAUGUUGGCACCGGUGAGGCUUUACUGGAAAUCGCUGGUCAUCCAGAUCAAAUCUGGUGCAUCGGAUUCAACUAUGAUGGAUCCCAAUUCGUCACAACCUGCAAGGAUAAAAAGAUCAGGAUUCUGGACACUCGUAGUGGAGAGGUGCUUCAUGAGGGCAUUGGCCACGAAGGCGUGAAACCGCAGCGGGCGAUUUUUGUUCGUGAUGGGCGAAUUAUAACCACCGGAUUCACCAAGAGAUCCGAACGGCUAUACUCACUCAGGGCGCCGGAUAACCUCUCGCAACCGAUCAUAGAAGAAGAAUUGGAUACCUCGAAUGGAGUACUCUUUCCUUUGUACGAUGAGGAUACUGGUCUAGUUUAUCUUUGUGGAAAGGGAGACUGUGCAAUUCGCUACUACGAAGUGAACCUUGAAUAUCCCUAUAUGCACUACAUCAAUACCUACACUACCAGUGAACCACAGCGAGCCGUUGGAUUUCAAAACAAACGAGGGGUCAAUUCAGAAGAGAACGAGAUAAACAGAAUCUACAAACUGACUACAAAGGGUGUUGUCGAUGUGUUACAAUUCUUCGUCCCGAGAAAAUCCGACUUGUUCCAGCACGAUUUGUAUCCGGACACGAGGUCAACAAUUCCUGCUCUCACAGCAGAAGAAUUUAUGGACGGAAAGAAUGCUGUGCCCAAUUUAAUGGCGGUAAACCCAGCCGCAGCACAAGCCAAGCCCAAAGUUCAGGUGGCAAAGAAGGCCAACAUUCUAAAUCAACUUGCUCCUACUGCCGCUGAAACAGCCUCGCAGAGGUCUUCCCACUCGGAGCAGACGUCGCCUCAAGUAUCUGCUCCGCCGUCGCCGCGACAUCAACAACAGCAGCGACCGCCAGUGGUUGACGAUGACAUGGGAAUCGUGCCGAUGAGCCAGAUGCGACAACGCUCACCGCCUCCAAUGCAGUACCAAGAACGACCGCGAAGUCCUGAACGGAAUCAGAAAGUACCGAAGCAGCAGGUGAACCUCCGUUCUCGUGCCGACAGGGAUAUGGGCGGCGGUACGCAGACUGCAGGGCAAAGACGAGCCGCUGCAGAGCUUGAAAGGAUCAAAAGGGAUCAGGCUCGCACCGCCGAUCCUGACGACUAUAUUCCUUCACCAACUCGAGUUCAAACCAGUCCUUCUCCUCGGAUGAGCAUCGGCAGCAUGGAGGGUCCGACGAAUAUGGAGGAACUGUUGUCCGAUCUGGCCAAGAUGAAAGCGGUCAUGCGACAACACGAGAGGAGAAUUCGUAUAUUGGAAGAGGAAAUAGCUGAGAAAAAUAUGAGCAUUGCAUAUUCAUUUUGA